AUGCAGCAUCUCCAACUCCGUCUUCACAAAUACUUUAAUUCAGGCGAUUUCAUUCUUGGUUUCAUUACUUCUCAGAUUUCUCGUUACGACCGUUCAAUGACUUUUACUGCCAAAACAGAACAAAAAUUAUCUCAGCUCAGUUUUGUGACAACACAUUACCAGCAUGUCUUUGCUUUGGAAUUUGCUAUACAGGAGAUUAAUGAAAAUCCCCAGAUUUUACCUAAUGUUACUCUGGGAUUCCAUAUCUAUGACAACUAUAAAAAUGCUAGGGUGACUUAUUAUGUUACAAUUCAACUUAUUUCCACAAAAAAUAAAUUUGUGCCCAACUACAAGUGUGACACACAGGACAAUCUAAUCACCGUCAUCGGGGGACUUGGCUGGGAAACAUCCAACCAAAUAUCGGAUAUUUUGCGCAUCUAUGAUAUACCACAGCUGUUGUAUGGAUUUGCUUCAGGAAUGGUUGGAAAAGCACAAGAAUUUUCCUUCUAUGGGAUGAUCCCCAGUGAAACUGUCCAGUAUAUGGGGAUUCUCCAACUACUCCUUCAUUUUAAAUGGACAUGGAUUGGAUUAAUAGCUGACAAAAAGAGCGGAGAAAGCUUUAUUCAGACAAUGCUUCCAUUAUUUUCCAGGACAGGCAUAUGUUUUGCCUUUAUAGAAAUGUAUCACCAUUUAUUUUAUAUUGUAAGUCUCAGGAAGCUCUUAGAUAAUCUCAAGAACAGCACAACCAAUGUUGUGGUGUUCUAUGGAGAAACUACUUCCAUGAUAUUUUUGAUUUACAUAUUACGUUUGACACAAAUAACACAAAAUACAAAAGGCAAAGUAUGGAUUUUGACAGCCCAGAUGGAGUUCACAUCAUGGGCAAGAGGACUGGAUAUUCGAGGUCUCCAUGGUGCUUUAUCUUUUUCAAUUCAUUAUAAUGAUGUGCCAGGAUUCCAGCAUUUUCUUCAGAGCACAAACCCUACCCGCAGAAAAGAAGAUGGCUUUAUCAGGUACUUCUGGGAGCAGGCAUUUAACUGUGUGUUUCCAAAAUCUGGCCUGGACAAGAACAAUGGGAAUAAAAAUAUUUGUACUGGAGAGGAGAGACUGGAGGACCUUCCUGGGUCUCUUUUUGAAAUGAGCAUGACUGGCCACAGCUAUAAUGUCUACAAUGCUGUCUAUGCUGUAGCCUAUGCUUUACAUGCCAUGUAUUCAUCACACUCCAAAAGAACAACAAUGGCCAUGGGAGAGAAAAGGAACAUUUUCAAUCUGCAGCCAUGGCAGCUUCACCAUUUUCUGAAACACAUCUCUUUUAACAAUACUGCUGGACUUGUGAUCUCUUUUGAUGAGAAUGGGGAAUUAAUAGGAGGACUGGAUAUUGUCAAUUGGGUCACAUUCCCAAACCAAACUAUUAUUAGAGUGAAAGUUGGACAGAUGGAUCACCAGGCUCCUUUGGAUCAGGCACUGACCAUUAAAAAGGAUGCCAUUGUGUGGCACAGCUGGUUUAAUCAGGUACAGCCUCUUUCUGUGUGUAAUGACAACUGCCACCUUGGCUAUCAGAAAAAAAUGAAGAACGGGGAACCAUUUUGCUGCUAUGACUGUAUACCAUGUCCAGAAGGAAAAGUAGCUGAUCGUAAAGACACGGCUGAAUGUUUUCAAUGUCCAUAUGAUCAUCAUCCAAACAACGACCGGGAUUCAUGCAUUCCCAAAGUUGUCAUCUUCUUGUCCUAUAAAGAACCCUUAGGGAUUAGUUUAGCUGUUGUUGCUAUUUUGUUUUCUUUGAGCACAGCUCUGGUGCUAAGAACAUUCAUGAAGCACCACAACACUCCCAUUGUCAAAGCCAACAAUCAGAACAUCACGUACACUCUUCUCAUCUCCCUCCUGCUCUGCUUCCUUUGUGCAUUACUAUUCAUUGGGCAUCCUGAAAAGGUGACCUGUCUCCUCCGCCAAACUGCCUUUGCCAUCACCUUCUCAGUGGCUGUUUCUUCUGUGCUGGCAAAAACCAUCACUGUGGUCCUAGCUUUCAUGGCCACAAAGCCAGAAUCCAAGAUGAAGAAGUGGUUGGGGAAAAGAUUGGCCUCCUCCAUUGUUAUUGUCUGCUCCCUUGUUCAAGCAGUCAUUUGUGUUAUUUGGCUGGCAACCUCUCCCCCGUUCCCAGAUGCUGAUAUGCAUUCAAUGCUAGAAGAAAUCAUAUUAGAAUGUAAUGAGGGGGCAGCAACCAUGUUCUACUGUACCCUGGGCUAUAUGGGUUUCCUGGCCAUUGCUAGCUUUACUGUUGCUUUCCAAGCCAGGAAACUUCCUGAUAGUUUUAAUGAAGCCAAAUUUAUCUCUUUCAGCAUGAUGGUGUUUUGCAGUGUUUGGUUAUCAUUUAUACCAACGUAUCUGAGCUCCAAUGGGAAAUAUAUGGUAGCUGUGGAGAUCUUCUCUAUGUUAUCCUCCAGUGCUGGGCUUCUGGGUUGCAUUUUUUUCCCAAAAUGCUACAUUAUUGUUCUGAGGCCUGAACUGAACAGCAAAGAACAGCUAGUGAGGAGAGGAAAUUUUAAAUGA